AUGGAAAAGAGUGCAGGCAGCACAUGGCUUGAUAAUGGAAAAGAGAAGGGGGAAGAGAAUGGAAAAGAGAAAGAAGAGAGGAGGAGGAUCGGGGAGAGGGUGGUAUGGAGGUUGAAGGUGAAGCACCCGAGUUCAGAGAGCAAGACGAACAGUCGUCGCUUCAGUCACACAGCGCUCUGCUCUUUGGGAGCUCAGGGUUUUGUCCCUGUGCAGACGCUGUGCAGACGCUGUGGCACACUUACUGAAGUGAGAAUUGACAGUUAUGCGCGUGUGAGAGCAGUGGUCAUGACUCGGGAUGACUCCAGCGGUGGAUGGCUUCCCCUGGGGGGCGGAGGCCUUAGCUGUGUCACCGUCUAUAAGGUCAGCCGGGCGGAGGACAGCAACAGCACCCACAGUGGAGGCAGCGGAGGAAGCAGCAGCAACCUCAGUCCCUGUAGCUCCAGUCCUAGUCCUAGUCCCAGCCCCAGCCCUAGUCCUAGCCCCACUGCUGUGGAGUUCCACAUUAAGGGCGAGAGGCUCAAAGACAAACUGGUGGUCCUGGAGUGUGUCCUGCAGAAAGACGUAGUAUACAACAAGGUCAACCCCAUCUUCCACCACUGGAGGAUCAACGACAAGAAGUUUGGACUUACUUUCCAAAGCCCUGCUGAUGCCCGUGCCUUUGACCGGGGCAUACGACGGGCCAUUGAGGACAUCAACCAAGGUUGUCGGCAGUUUGGGGAAGGUGAUACUCCUGAGGAUGGACUACCGGCAUGCGACGAGCCUCCCUCUAUCUGUACCCCAAUGAAAGAGCCCUUCUCUCCCCUGAACAACGUCGUCUCCACCGAGCCAUUCAGGGGCUGCUACGUCCGCGCCCAGCCCUUCGACGAGUUCCCCUCCAGCAACCGCCGCUACCUGCCUCCACAGGUCUCCUUUAAGUCGACUCGUCAUGUCAGUUUUCACAUGGACGAAGAGGAGAUCGUUCGCAUCAACCCACGCAAAGACGUGCUCAUCCGCGGCUACGAGGACUACCGCCACCCUGUCAUGUGGAAACAGGAGGCCGACCGCGAGGACCUGGACUUCCCCACCGCCUUCCACAAACUGGACAGUAAGAAGUGCGAGUACCUCUUCCCCGAUGGCCCCGGUGGGGACUCCCACUCUGGCCCUGGUAUGGGCAUUGGAACAGGUAUGGGGCUGGGGCUGGGUAAGGACACAGCCAUCAAGACUCAGCCCUCGCCCCUGCUGAAGUCUAAGAAGGGCCGGCGGCGGCGAGAGGACGGCGAGCGUUCGCGCUGCAUCUACUGUCGGGAGAUGUUCAACCACGAAGACAACUGGCGGGGGCAGUGCCAAGACGCCCCCGACCCAAUCAAGCAGUGCAUCUACAAAGUCAGCUGCAUGCUGUGCGCCGAGAGCAUGCUUUACCACUGCAUGUCCGACUCCGAGGGCGACUUCUCAGACCCCUGCUCAUGUGACACAUCUGACGAGCAGUUCUGUCUGCGCUGGCUGGCCCUGGUGGCGCUCUCCUUCAUCGCGCCCUGCAUGUGCUGCUACCUGCCUCUGCGCGCCUGCCACCACUGUGGCGAGGCCUGCCGCUGCUGUGGGGGCAAGCACAAGGCCGCGGGGUGACCUGACGACGGACUCUGGGACACCCUCAAAGCUAGCUAACACAGGAAGUGGAUAAAAGCGGAAAAUUAAAAAGCCGGCAUCCUUUUUUCAUUCCCUCUCAGACGGGGUGAUAUGUUGUUGAUCCCCAGCUCUGAGGGCUUUUGGAGAUUUCAGUUUGUGUUUGUCGCCGACAAGCAGCAGUGGAGGACAAACCAUAUGCUUUGUGGGGGCUCUGAGCAUCAAGCUAAGUUCAGGAGCUUAAUCUGCGGAGAUGAGGAGGAGGCAUCAAGAUUAAUAGACUUGGAGAUGUUACUAAAACAUACCUAUACACACAGACACACACACACACCUCUCUCUCACAUUCACACUCAUGCAUUGACAAAGCCAGGCCACAAAUGUCAGAACUCUACUACAAGUGUAACUUUAUGAAGGAAAAUUGUCUUUUGUACAGAGAGUGUCAACUUAAUGACAAAAAAAGAAAACAAAACUAUUCUGCGUUCAGAAAAAAUACUUGCUGUUUGAGUAUGCUAAAAGGGAUAUGUUCUUGCUUUUUUGUGAAUUUGCAGUUGGGUAACAGUGGCCUUUCCUUCAUGGCUUAAGCAUUUGCUGACAAUGUAAUUACUAGACAGAGAAAAGUGCACUAGAAAUGGUAUCCCUCCCCAUUCCACAAGUAAAGGUAACCCUCUCAAAUUCUUGUGGUACAUUAACCACCAUAUUUAGUGUAAUUUUAACAUUUGAGAGAUGUUGCUGUGGUGGAUGUAUGGCCAAUUCCUUGUUUUCCUUUCCAUCGAAUGUUGACAAAAAAAAGAAAAAUCUAAAAGUUACAGAUUGCUUUUGAAGGUACAGCUUGGUAUAGCUUUUGACAUUCAGUUAGAAGAUGCUAAAAUGAUUACUUUCCCGAGGUGAUUUAGACCAUUUGAUUGCAUUCCAAAAUAAAGGGAUCGAUUCCAUGAUUAGAAGGGAAAAUGGUAAUGACUUUACCAUGCUGAAUUCCCCAAAAUAGUUUUUCCACAUCAUAAAAAUAGCAUUAGAACCUAUUGAACCAUUUUGAAUUGAAACCAAUACAUGACAAUUUCAUACACUUCAGUGAAUUUCAGUUUUAGUCCAGUUAUUUACUGCUGUAGUGAAAUUGUUUGGUGUUUUUGUUUCUUCAUUGUUAUUUUCCUGCUCAUUUUAUAAUUAUUUUUUCGAAACAAAGGCUGAAAUGUUGCUCAACCAGCAAGUUUUGUUUUGGUGAGUAAAGGGGUUACAGUGCUCCUUGGUUAAAUGAGGCACUUAAAUUAGGCUAUUCUUUUAUUGAGAAUCCCUCAGAUUUUAAACUUAAUUUAGACUUAAUUUAGAAUUUAACAUCCAAUUUGACAUUGGGGGGGAAAACCCCUCCUGAAAGCACUGCUCUCCAAGCUUUGGUUGCAGCACCCUCUCCAAAUUUCCAUGUUUGUCCCAUGAUUCAGUGGUUUUCUUUUUUUCUUUUCCCCCCUCAUAUCCUGUGUAAAUGUAGUACUGCGUUCAUCAAAAGUCCACUCCUGUAUGUCUUCAUUUACCUGGCCCUGAAUGAAUGAAUGCAUUGUUUCAGGAAUGCUGAGUAUCUUAGCUAUUAUAAAACAUACACAUGUUAUGUAUGUGUAUAUAUGUAUGUGUGUGUUUGUGUGCGUGUGUGUGCGCGCGUGUGCAUAGGUCUUAACAUGCACUGUUGAUUUGAUGUCAUGUAACGUCACCACUGACUAUGGGAUUAAGGCUUUGACUCGUAACAGUACAAACCGGCUCCCUGUUUCCCAAAGCAUCUUCGUCUGUUGGCUCAAGAGUGAACAAAGAGAACGAUCAAACUGGAAUAGUUCGACAUUUUGGGAACUUCGCUUAUCUGCUUUCUUUCCAAAAGUUAGAUGAGAAGAUCGCUACCACGGUCAUGUCUGCUUGUUCAAUAUUAAGCCAAAGCUAGCAGUUGCUUAGCUUAACGUAGCAUGAAGAUUGUAAACAGGGGGGGCGGUAACAGCUAGCCCGGCUCUUUCCAGAUGUAACAAAAUCUGCCUACCUUCACCUGUAAUGUUCACCUGUUAACCUGUGUUAUGAUUGUUGAUUUAUUGGGACUAUUUCUUGGGAUGGGCACAGUGACCUUUUGGACUUGUCACCAUGAGGUUGCCAACAAAAAAUAGUCCCACACAUUAAAAACGCAUUUUUACAUGUUGGUUUCAGUACAGCUAUAACAAUUUAGACAUACUGUGUUAAUUAGUGAGCUUUAGCAGUGGUGGUGGUGGUAGGUGGAUUUUGUUACUUUAGGAUGGAGCAAGGCUAGCUGGUUCCCCCCCCGUUUCUUUUCCUAAUGCCAAGCUAAGCUAAUCAGCUGCUGGCACUAGCUCCACAUUUAAAGGAUAGAUAUAAAAGUGGUAUAAAUCUUCUCAUCUACCUCUCAGCAAGAAAGCAAAUAAGUGUAAUUCUGGAAAUGUCAAACAACUCCUUUUUAAGAUCCUUUGGGAAACGGGGACUAGGCAGACCGUACGCCAGAGUCUAGCUGCGUUUAAACCCCAUUUCCCAUUCAAAACAGUAGAAGAUUUUAAAUUGAGCAUGUGUUGCUCACAAAACCAUUGUAGACUCAAACUCCCAACAGUAAUAACAGUUCAGUUUGAACGUCUGGCUGCAAUAACUGAAAUUACCCUAAUCCAAAAGGCAUCGGCGUGUUGGAAAUUAGUGCUAAUUGUGAUUCACCUCAACAUGUAACAGCAGAUUUGGUACAACAUCCAUGUGCUGUUGCUAACUGAUAUGCAUCUCUUCUCAGCUCCAGUCACUCCUGGUUAAAAUCAACGUAGUGACACCUCGGUCUCAUUUAUUUUCCUAAUUCCGCCCCCGACCAAUGCUCCCUUUACUUUCUAUGCAAACUUUCUAACAUGGGAAACACAUUGACCUCUCUGCAGACUGAGUCAGUGACGGGACAGGACACUUUAACGCUAUUAUAGAUAGUAGACCGACCCCUGGUACCAAACUCCAAACACGUGUAAAUAGUUAACACUAUAUUUAAGUUCUGAUAAUAAUCCAAGCUUUCUUUGUCUUUGAAAUUUUAAAGAUAGAGCUGUAUUUAUCGUUGCUGUCAGCAUAUACUGUAGCUUCAAUUGACAGCAUUAUGUACAUAGGUCACCUUUUAGUAUUAUUUCACAUUGAAAAGUAGAGGGCGUUUGUGAUGGAAAUGACUAUUGAGCUUCUAAUAGAGUUUCUCUCUAGUUUUGUACGGUAGAAGGAAGGAUAGUGCUAACACGGUACAGUAGUGGCAGUCCACUUGUUUCAAAAGUUUGAUAUAUAAAUAUAUAUAUACAUACAUACGUAUAAAGCUGCUAGAUACAAUCACUAAUUUUAUUGUGUUGACAGAGAAAAUCAGCUAUGAACGACUGUUAAACCCUAAUUCUCCAACAGCAUAUAACCGUGACGGUGAGUUUUAAAUGUUUGAUUGCUCUGUGUGAUGAAGUGGACACUUGUGCAUGUGUGUGGGUGCGCGAGUGUUACUAUAUAUGUGCGUUCAUGGGUUGCCCACAAGUGUGUGUGUGUGUGUGUACUGUAUGUGUGUACUGUAUGUGUGUUAGUUUCCAGCGUGCUGGCGGUGUGUGUGUGUGUGUGAGUGAGUGAGUGUGUGUGUGUGUGCGGGGUUGGUGUGUAACCAAAUGUUUGGUUGGUUGUCAUAUUCUCCCAUUGUAAUUGGAUUGCCCUGCAUUAUUGCAAGCUGAACCAAGGUUUGAUGAACCUGAUUAAAACUUGCUGGCUGAGAAGCAAAAUGUAGGACGUGCAUUUAUACAAAGUGUAGAGAAUGCUGAAAUAACACUUCUCAUUCUGCAUUAACCAGCACAGUGCAACUUCCUGUCAUGUACUGUAUUAUAUAUGCAACAUGUGUCUGUCUGCUUUAAUAUAUAUAUUUUUUUGACCUGCAUUAUAUAAGACUUCAGUUUUAACCACUUUGCUGCUAGUCUUUUAUCCUCUUUCAAUCUUGGAAAUUGUGCAUAUCUUUGGGAAUGCAUACAAGUGUACAUUCUUGACAUUGUGUAGAUUAAAAAAGAAAAAAGCUAUAUAAACCUGUUUCUCUUCAGUGUAUUGUUUUAAAAAGGUUACUUUUCACAGCAGUUGAGUGGUUAUGUUUCAAUUCUCCGAUGCUUUGGUGCACUGAUGAUACUAUAUGUAAGCUUUUUUUCAUCUUACAGCGCUUGAUGUAACAUUUAUGUGAUUAGUUCUAAAUAGUGGAAGACAUUUGUGUUUUGAAACUUGCAGUAUAAAUGGUACUACUCUUAACUAUUCUGUAAACACUGCCUGUUUUCUUUCCUUUUUCUUUCUUUCACUCUCUCUUUGUGCAUAUUUCUUUCCUCUGCAUCUUCUUUUCUCGACGUUUCUUAGUGCCAUCGGCUUUCACAUCCUGACAACCUCAAAAAAGUGCCUCACGUCCAUCCUAGUUUCUCAUAUUAUAAUUUAACAUCUCUCGUUCUGGUUCUAUUGGUUUCUACACGUCUAGGUAUUUCUUAUCAUGGUUCGAGAAUACCAAGUAUAUGAUGUAAAAUUUAUAGUCCCAAUAACUCAUGUCAUAGUUGUAUUUUCUUUAUACAGAUGUAGCUCGUUACUUUUCAUAAAUAUAUAAUGUAAAUAUGCAUACAUAUGUUUGUAACUGUUUUUAUGUUACAUCAUACACUUGUAAUUUGACAUAUCAAAUAACAUUAUCAUAAUAAAAUGGUGAGUUUUAAUCUUU